AUGGAAGUGCUUUCGCGCCCGAAGGCGUUCUCCAGGGCCUCGGAUACGAUCGACGAUGAACCCACGCCCGGCCCUUCUAUGCUCGCCGCUCCUUCUACAGCCACUCGUUCACCUCCCCGCCUACCCUCUGCGGACCACCAGUUGACGAUCCCUGUACGGCCUUCCAUCGCCACCCGUCGACACUCGGCAACCGUGGGCUCACUGUCGCCUUCGCACUUGUCGCGACCGCUGCGGUCUUCUCCUCUCGCCGGGCCCUCUAUCGCCGCUACCGCCAAUGCCUCGCUCGUCGCGAGCGCACCGUCCACUCCGGGAGGGGGGUCCAAGCACCUCUCUCCCCUAGCCGAAUCCUCCAUCACUAUCCCGGCGGACGCUGUUCCCGUGGUCGACCCAGAGGUCAAGAAGCAGCGCAGACGCACAUUGGGAUCUGUCCUGUCCAAAUUGAGCCUGCCUACGUCCUCAGGCGCGUCCUCUGAGCCCACAUCUCCCGUCACCCCCGUAGCUCCCCCGCGGCCGCGCACGAAGUCCGCGACGGCGCAGGAUGCCCCGCCUGUGCCACCUGUUCCCACCUGGGUGCAUAACACCAUGCCCGCUCGCGCUCGGCCACCACACGCCUCGUCGUCUUCUCCGUCGCCGCCGCGCGCGCACACCGCCCCGAUCCAUGGCAGUCCCAAGUCUUCGCGUCCAACAUCCCCCACCCCCAGCGCGCGCUCCACGGGAUCUGUCAAGCGCGCCGCGGACCCGCGCCGCAUGUCGCUCCGCCCCCCGCCUUCGACCUCGCGCAGCCCAGAGGAUAACUGGCUCACGCAGUCCGCGGCCCCGCGGUUCUCGCGCCUCGGCUUGAAAGCGGAGGGCGUGAUCUUGCCCGUGUCGGCGCGCGAGGCUCGACGCCGCUCGACCGCGUCCCUCGCAUCUCUCGCGAGCACCAAGACGCAUUCGGUCGAUGCGCUCCCGCCCCCGCCCAUGCCCGUACGCACGAACUCGCGCGAGAGCACGGCGUCUAUUGGCUCCCUCACCGCCUCGUCCGCGCCCGCCAACCAGCAGUUCCGCUCGCGCGCGUCGUCACGCGCGUCUCUCGCGUCCGCUGCCUCCGGAUAUGGCUCCGUCUACUGCGAUACCCCGAGCCUCACGAUGAGCCCCGGCCCCUCCGCGAGCGACGUCUCGCUCAACUCGCAAGCGCCGACGGUCGACGAGAUGGGCGUGAUGUUCUCCCCGGGCCAUGUCCAGCUCCAGCUCAACGACGUGCCUGUUGGUGUUCUUUCGCUACCCGUGCCGGCCUACAAGGGCAAGGGCAAAGCGCGCGCGGCCGACGUCGAGCAUGAAGCCCCGGAAACGGAGCGAGUUACGUUCGCGCGCUGGACCCGCGGCACGAAGAGCUCCACCCCGUCCGUCAUCUCGUCCGCCGCGACCUCCGUUGCCGAUCUACCCGCUGGCGGCGCUCCGCUGCACAUGCGCGCGGCGACAGCGCCCGAGCUGCUGAGUGGCAGUGGCAAGGAGAAGACGAAGCGGCCACACGCUUUCGGGCGCAUGUGGAAGCAGGUCGUGCGCAGCGUCACGACGCGCCGGUAA